CAAUGGCGUGCCUCCACGCGAGGCUGCGGGGUGGUAUAUAUAAGAGCGGAGGAGCGCUGGGGCCCAGACUGACUCGAGCGUUGAAAUAGAGAAGACCAGGCUUUGUGGCGUGAUAGAAGCGGCGAUAGUGCGGAGGGUCAUCGCGUGUCGAUAGAGAGUUUUUUUCAGCUGUUGUGGAAAAGGCACAUCACCGGAAGAACAUGAAGUACAUGCUUCUUUGCCUGCUGCUUGUCGGCAGCGCAUUUGCUGAUGAUGAUGACAAAAAGGAAGAUGUGGGGACCGUGGUUGGCAUUGACCUGGGAACCACAUACUCUUGUGUUGGUGUCUUCAAGAACGGCCGCGUGGAGAUUAUUGCCAAUGACCAGGGCAACAGGAUUACUCCCUCUUAUGUGGCCUUCACCCCAGAAGGAGAGAGACUCAUAGGUGAUGCAGCAAAGAACCAGCUGACUUCAAAUCCUGAAAACACCGUGUUCGAUGCCAAGCGUCUCAUUGGCAGAACCUGGAAUGAUCCUUCUGUGCAGCAGGAUAUCAAAUACCUGCCUUUCAAGGUAAUUGAAAAGAAGGCUAAGCCCCAUAUUCAGGUUGAUAUCGGAGGAGGAACAACAAAGACUUUUGCCCCAGAAGAAAUUUCAGCCAUGGUUCUGACUAAGAUGAAGGAGACUGCAGAGGCCUAUUUGGGAAAGAAGGUCACUCAUGCUGUUGUCACUGUGCCAGCCUACUUCAAUGAUGCCCAGCGUCAGGCCACAAAGGACGCUGGUACUAUUGCUGGACUGAAUGUCAUGAGAAUCAUCAAUGAGCCCACUGCUGCUGCUAUUGCUUAUGGAUUAGACAAGAGGGAGGGCGAGAAGAACAUCCUUGUCUUUGACUUGGGUGGUGGAACCUUUGAUGUCUCCCUUCUCACCAUUGACAACGGUGUCUUCGAAGUGGUGGCUACUAACGGUGACACUCACCUUGGUGGUGAAGAUUUUGACCAGCGUGUCAUGGAGCACUUCAUUAAACUGUACAAGAAGAAAACUGGGAAGGAUGUCCGGAAGGACAACAGGGCAGUGCAGAAGCUCCGUCGAGAAGUGGAGAAAGCAAAGAGAGCCCUCUCCUCUCAGCACCAGGCUAGAAUUGAGAUUGAGUCCUUCUUUGAAGGAGAAGAUUUCUCUGAGACCUUGACAAGGGCCAAGUUUGAGGAACUGAAUAUGGAUCUCUUCCGUUCUACCAUGAAACCUGUCCAGAAAGUCCUAGAGGAUGCUGACCUGAAGAAGUCUGACAUUGAUGAAAUUGUGCUUGUUGGUGGCUCUACCCGAAUCCCCAAGAUACAGCAACUUGUAAAGGAGUUUUUCAAUGGCAAGGAACCUUCUCGGGGCAUCAAUCCGGAUGAAGCUGUAGCCUAUGGUGCUGCUGUCCAAGCUGGUGUGCUCUCUGGGGAUCAGGAUACUGGUGAUCUGGUGCUGCUUGAUGUGUGUCCUCUAACCCUGGGCAUUGAGACUGUUGGCGGAGUUAUGACCAAGCUUAUCCCAAGAAACACAGUUGUGCCCACAAAGAAGUCGCAGAUCUUUUCCACAGCUUCUGAUAACCAGCCCACUGUGACAAUUAAAGUCUGUGAAGGGGAACGUCCACUCACAAAGGAUAACCAUCUGCUGGGCACUUUCGACCUGACUGGCAUCCCUCCGGCUCCCAGGGGCGUCCCCCAGAUAGAGGUCACCUUUGAAAUAGAUGUGAACGGCAUCCUCCGCGUCACUGCGGAGGACAAGGGCACGGGCAACAAAAACAAGAUCACCAUCACCAACGACCAAAACCGCCUGACCCCAGAAGAAAUCGAGAGGAUGGUGAACGACGCGGAGAAAUUUGCCGAGGAAGACAAAAAGCUGAAGGAGCGGAUCGAUGCCAGGAACGAGCUGGAAAGCUAUGCCUACUCCUUGAAAAACCAGAUUGGGGACAAGGAGAAGUUGGGUGGCAAGCUGUCCUCUGAAGACAAGGAGACCAUUGAGAAGGCCGUAGAGGAGAAGAUCGAAUGGCUUGAGAGCCACCAGGAUGCAGACAUCGAAGACUUCAAAUCGCAAAAGAAGGAGCUGGAAGAGGUGGUGCAGCCCAUUGUGGGCAAGUUGUACGGCAGCGCAGGGCCUCCUCCGGGCGAGGAAGAGGCGGUAGAGAAGGAUGAGUUAUAGGCCCUUUGGCUUCCUGAAUUUGGAAAACUGUAAAUACUGGACUUGGAACUUUUUGUUUAAACUUAUUGAACUCUAGAUCUGGAAUGCGAUCAGAAUCUUCACUUGAGUGGAGUUGGAAAUGCUAGCCCAAAGUGGCUGUUUACUGCUUUUCGUUAGCAGUUGAUAUAAAUGUCAAGGGGAGGGAUGGGGGGGGGGUUUUGGUUAUCAGCAAAUGGAGGGACAUAGAAGUGUUCAUUUUCAUUCUAUUUAACAAGCUGGGUCAUGUGCAUUCUGUGGAGAACUUUUCUACCCUCCAAGUGACAACAAUAAAUUUGUUACUUACACUGGA